UACCUAUAACCAAUUUUUUUUGUAGAUAAAAAAUGUCGCUGUGGUCAAGAGCACAGCAGUUACCGCCUGAGAGCCUUCAAAAGGUGCGCGCUGUUUACGGGGAACAUUUCCCCAUCGAGGUUCGCCAUUGCCUUGCGAGCUGGAUCGAAACCAGAAUAUGGACUCCAGAGCCAGAGGAGCAACAGCGUUAUUUCGUCGAGGAACUGGUCCAGGAGAUCACCACCCAUGCAGAGCUGAUGCUGUCCCCAGAUAUGUUCGUAACGAAGAUGAAGCUUCUAGAAGCCGCUAAGCAAUUCCGCAUGCAAUAUAGUCACGCUCCGCACGAGCUAUACACCUACAUGCGGCGUUGCUUGGCUCUCGAGAUGGAGGUCAUCCAGAACGCGAUGGGGACGUCGUAUAUACAGCCGCAGACGGAGCGGAAAUAUAGCGAGUUAAUAACAGGACUGCAGACGGUCCGGCAGAAAGUCAACAUGGCCGCUGAGGAAAUACGCGGCCUCCAGGCCAAUAUAGAGUCUUUCUCUCUGCAGUACCACGAAUGUCUUAAGAACAAAGGUCACAUUAACUACCUGCAACAGUCGGGCCCAAUGACAGCGGAGCGUCGGGAACUAGAGGCGUGUCUUAGAGUACAGAUCGAUGAAAUGGAAAGGAAGCUUAAUGCACUGGUGGCGCAGAUAAACCAGUCGCAGAUGGAGCUGGUCGACCACAUGAAGGAGAACAUCACCAACCUUCGCCAGCUUCAGAGCCAAGUGUUAGAUGAGGAGCUGAUCAAAUGGAAGCGAGAACAACAGCUGAGUGGCAACGGGGUACCGAUGCAGUCUAAUCUAAACACGAUCCAAGAGUGGUGCGAGAUGCUGGCUGAUCUCAUCUGGAGCACGCGCCAACAAGUGGGCAACGUGAGUCGCAUCAACGGCAAAACGCUGGCCGAGCUGAGGCAGCCUCACCUCGCCGAGAUGCUGGAUGACAUGAGCAAGCAGAUAACAAGCUUAUUGUCGACGCUGGUGACAUCUACGUUCGUAAUUGAGAAGCAGCCUCCGCAAGUUAUGAAAACGAAUACUCGGUUCACGGCUACGGUUCGUCUUCUGGUGGGUGGGCAACUCAACGUGCACAUGACUCCGCCCAGAGUGACGGUGGUGAUCAUCUCGGAGCAGCAGGCGCAGCAGCUGCUGAAGAGCGAGGCGGCGAGCGGGCGCGGCAAGGCGCCGGCGGAGUGCGGCGACAUCCUCAACAACAGCGGCUGCAUGGAGUACCAGCCCACCAGCCGCCAGCUCAGCGUCAGCUUCCGAAAUAUGCAACUGAGAAAAAUAAAACGCGCUGAGAAGAAGGGCACUGAGAGUGUCAUGGACGAGAAGUUAACCCUGCUCUUCCAAUCCGAGUUCAAUGUUGGUGGAGGAGAGUUGGUUUUCCAGGUGUGGACCCUGUCGCUGCCCGUGGUAGUGAUUGUACACGGCAACCAGGAGCCCCACGGCUGGGCUACCGUCACGUGGGAUAACGCGUUCAGCCCGCCAGGCAGGGUCCCCUUCGCGGUGCCCGAUAAGGUAUCUUGGGGACAAUUGGCUGAGACUUUACGCAUCAAAUUCUGCUCCGCAACCGGAGGCGAUCUUUCCGAAGAUAAUCUACGAUUCCUUGCCGAGAAGAUAUUCAGGAGCAGCCUGCCACUGAGCAACAUGGAGCUGAACAGCAUGACGGUGAGCUGGACGCAAUUCUGCAAGGACGCCCUGCCGGAGAGGAGCUUCACCUUCUGGGAAUGGUUCUACAUGGUGGUCAAGGUGACUAGGGACUAUUUGAGGACUCUGUGGUGCGACCGUCUGAUCAUGGGUUUCAUCCAGAAGAAACAAGCCGAAGAGAUGUUGUCCAAGUGUCCCCCGGGAACUUUCCUCCUGAGAUUUUCUGAUUCUGAGCUCGGUGGCAUCACCAUCGCUUGGGUUGGAGAGGGCAACGAAGUGUUCAGCCUGCAGCCCUUCACCUCCAGGGACUUGAUGCUGCGCUCCCUGGCAGAUCGUAUCCUAGAUCUGGCACAGCUGCAGUUCCUCUACCCCAACGUGGCGAAGGAUGACGUUUUCUCCAAGUACUACACUAAGCCUGAGAACGAGAUGCUCAAGAACGGCUACGUGAAGCCGGUGCUGGUGACGACGCUGCCGCCCUACAUGUCCUCGUCGCCCGCCUACGCGCACUCGCCCGACUCGCACCGGAACACGCCCAGCGUGCACAGCAGCUACUUCAGUGCCGCGACACCAGCUCAGACAGAGAGUAGCUUUAUGGACAGCGAGCUUUUCGAGCAGAUUCGGGCCUUCGAGCCAGAUGGCUUCGAUGACUUCGACUUCUACGGAGGGAACGCUGCCAUGAAGUAAGGUCCGGGUGGUAUUCUAACCAGUAGAUAUAAGAGUAAGUCCAGUCAAUUGUUGUAAGGUAAAUUUUUCAUUACGUGUGCCAUAGAAUCGCUUAUUUUACAAAUUUACUUACUUUCUCAUGACAAAAUUAUAAAAAAAAAAAUA